UUAAAGAUAAUAUCCAGCUUGGAUUGUUUUACUCAAGUAUGACGGCAUAAAUGGAAAACUAUUUAACAUUUUGUAAAUAUGGUCGAAAUUAAUUUUUCAGAAAAUCGACAGUCGUUGAAUACCUAUGUUUAUUUUUAACCUGUACCAUCACCUGUAAGAUCACUGAAACAAUUGAUGAGUGUUAAAAAAACAGAGUGAAAAAUUACAUAAGUGUAGGGAAUCAGGAAAUAAUUCAAGUGAUUUAGAAUAUGCUGUCAUGCAUAAAUCGCUCGAGAUAAAAGAUACAAGUGUUUGUAAGAGGAACUCAAUUUCAAUGUUAUUUUAGCGUUGAUCUGUUUGGGCGUGUUCAUGUUGAAUCUUGCAGCCGGGUCUACGGCUGGGAUAGCCGCCGUCCUUAUACCACAACUGACCAAUGAUUUAGGAAGGAACAAAUUCACUACCGAAUUGGAGUCAUGGGUAGCGGCUAUCUCUUGUUUGGCCUUGUUCUUCGGUAACCUGAUGUCAGGAUAUUUAAUGGAAAGAUUUGGACGACGGAUUUCCCUCCUCUUUGUAUCACUCUUCUUCCUAUUGGGGUGGUGUAUAAUUGGAUUUGCGAACAAUAUCCUACAUUUAGUUCUUUUUGGAAGAUUUAUAACCGGCAUAUGUCAAGGCUGGCUUGGUCCCCUCGGGCCAGUUUAUGUUGGGGAAAUUACUACACCGAUUUAUAGAGGGUUUUUCUUAGCAUCACUAUCUUUGGGAAUCGCAGUUGGUGUUUUUUUAUCACACUUAUUUGGAACUUUCCUACAUUGGAGUUAUGCCUGUCAGCUUUGUGGUCUAUUCCCACUCACGGCUGGAAUCAUUCUUUUCUUCGCGCCGGAAUCACCCGCAUGGCUUGCCUCAAUCAACAGGAUUGACGACUGCAUAUCAUCUUUCCAAUGGUUCAGGGGUGCAAGCCCGGCCAUGAAGCUAGAACUUGAGAAAAUGCUAGCAGAACAAUCAAAAAGAGACAAAUCGAAAAGCAAAUUUGAGACCCUAAAAGAAAAUAUCAAGAAACCUGAAUUCUGGAAACCCUUGUGCAUCAUGGUUACGUUCUUCGCAAUCACUCAGCUUUCAGGAGUAAACGUAAUAUGUGCUUAUAGCACUGAUAUGAUGAAAAAGCUUAUGGGUAAACGCGCGAAAGAUUCUCACGCUUACGCUGCGAUGUUAAGUAUAGACGUUUUAAGAUGUGUGUCAUUAAUUAUUGCAUGCAUCUUACUUAGAAGGUCAGGUCGUCGACCUAUGUCAUUAUUUAGUGGUGUGUUCACGUCUUUGUCACUACUUGGCCUAGCCACUUAUUUGUAUCUUGUUGAUAAGAAUAUAAUUCAUCAUAUAUCACCGUUCAUAUCGCUUAGCUUAAUAGCAUUUUAUAUUGUAGUCUCCAAUAUGGGUAUAUCGCUUUUGCCCUGGAAUAUGGUUGGAGAAGUAUUUGCCGCAGAAACAAAGGGAAUAGGGUCUGGUAUUAGUGUAAUGAUGACUUCAAUAUCUUUCUUUGCUACAGUAAAGACUGCGCCGGCUAUGUUCGAAAGUAUAGGGCAUCAUGGGACAUAUAUGUUUUAUGGGUUAUCGACAACAUUCGGUACCUUAUUCUUAUAUUUCUGUUUACCGGAAACGAAAGAUAAAACUUUACUGCAAAUAGAAGAGUACUUCAGAUAUGGCAAGAAACGAAAUACGACCGAAAAGGAUGUUAUUGAUAUUUGAAUGUUGAGAUUUAAGGAAAAUUCUCGGUAAUUGUUUUUAACAAAAUGGUCUCAUUUUACAAGUACUCGUCUAAAAGGUGAUGACCUUUUGCAGUGUCCAUAUUUAACUUGAAGCAUUUGUUAUGCUCAAAACAAAUUAAUAAUUAGUUUACGUAACCUAGAUAGAUAUGCGUGUGCUGAUUAAUUUCGUUUGUAAUAAUUGACCAGUAUUGUGACAUUGCUAUUACUCUAUUAUAUUAUUUACGUUUAGAUUUUUUGUCUUCUAUAUUAAAACUUUAUAUUUAGAUAGAAAAAAGUAGAUCUCUGAAAACUAUAAUAAUAGUUAUGGACGUUCCACUAAUUUAUUUACGUAAAACUAUGUAAAGGAGUAGUAAGGUAACAAAAUACCAACGAUUUUCUUAAAUGGAACUGUAAUUUUACUUAAAAUAUGGGCUUAAAUUCGAAAUAAUUAUUUUCGUAAAUUUUUUUUCGUAGCUUUGUUCGCGCACUUAUUUUAUCAUUCAAAUAGUCAUUACUGGUAUUUUAUUGAAAAUACAUAAAAAAAAACAUGUUUCAAAUAUAAGUAACUAAUGUAUACAAUAUAGCACUAUCAGUUACUAGUCAAGCUCACUCAAAUAGAUGAAUUUUUAUAACAAUACCUACUGUGUUUAUUUUCUGAUAAACCACUUGAAAUAUGUUUUCAGGACGAUUAGAUUAACUUACACGAUAGUCAUGCUUUUAGAAUUUAUAUAGGUACUCUAUCUGUUCUAUCGUGACAGCACUCAUGUUAUAAAAUGUAUACUUUUUCAAGGCUGCUGUUUGUUAUUCCUAGGGCAGUGUGUAGCACGCAAUGUAAGAUAAAUAAGUAAUAGUUUAAAAAAACUAAAAAAAUACGCUAUUAAAGAAAAUCC